AUGUCACAACCACCUCCUUCUAAUGUUAAUAGUACUGGUAAUAGCACUCCUGGAAGUACCUCUUCAAAUCAAUUCAACUCUGAUAGUUCAAAAUUUAAUUUUGUUGACAUGACAAAAGAUGUAGAAUUCAAAACAAGAAAUAAGGGAGACAAAUCAUUGAAGGUGAAUAAGCAAUUUAGGUAUAACAAACGUUUUCAAAAUAAUUUUUUCAUAUUCAAAACAGGUCAGCAACCAAAUAAUUCAAGUAAUGAUCCAAUUAAUCAAUUCAGUCAUGAUUUGAGUAUUCCAAAUUACUAUUAUCAUCAAGCAUUUGACAGUAAUCAAGCAGUAACAGGAAUGAAUCUUGCUAAUAUGAUGGAUGAGAAUAACCAACAACAACAGUAUAUUGGUGCUGUACAUUCUACAUCAACCAAUCCACUAACAGAAAGUAGUAAUAAUUCAACAACAAAUAAUCAAUAUAGAGUUAGAGGUAGAUAUGCUAAAAGAACCAAUACUACAAGUGUUACAACUACUCCUACUCAUAUUCCUCCAUAUAUUACAAAUUCAGAGACUUUUAAUUUACUCAAUUCUAAUGCUCAAUUAAUGAUGUUAAUGGGUUCUUCAUUUAAUCAAUCAUAUCAACAUGCUAAUAAUUCAGAUCCUUCCUUGAUUGACUUAAUGCAUAAUUCAUCACAUCAAUCAAUACCUCAAGAAUUCAAUCAACAAAUCAAUAAUCAAUCGUAUUUUCUCCCUGAGGAAGAAGAAUACCAUGAACAAGAUUAUGGGGAUACUAAUCAAUUCAUCAAUCAAAAUAUUCCUGUUGAUGAAUUCAAUUCUAGAAAGUCAUUUGUAACCAGAUCCAAUUCAUUCACAAUUUCACCUAUUGAAAUGAAUAGUUCCAAUACUGUUAAUAGAGCCAUGUCAGCUCCCACUAUUGUUUUUGAGAAAGUAACAGAUCAGUCUCCAAAUGAAGAGGAUACAGCAAUUUGGCUUGAAGAUAAAACACUUAAACCUACUAUUAAUAAGAAACGACAGAGAAAGUCUUUCCUCUUUAACAGCAGCAGUUCUUCAAGUAGUAGUAGUGGUGUUUCAUCUUCAGAGAGUAGUGUACAAAAUAGUAAUUCCAAUUCACCAAAUACCCUUAAUAAUAAUGGUGACAAUUUGCUUGCAGUUGUUACCAAUGAGGUAAAGAAAAAGUCUUCCUCUCCUCAAUACAAGAAGAAGAAUAUUCAACAAGAACAAUUUGAACUUGAAUUUCUUGAAAGUAAUCCGGUUGAAGAAUCACGUGAUGAGCUUGACAUGUUACUUGAUUCCAUUAUUUUAGAAAAUAAUAAUCAAUUCAAUUAA